AUGACGAGCCUCCAGCAUGCACAAUACGGCAGUGGACAUCUGGGCCGCUCACGGCAGAAGGCAACCUUGACGCGCUCGCGGCGAGUCACGCAACGCACACGGCUUCGUGCACCGGUUGACGCUGUGGAGGCGGACGAUGGCUUUUUCAAUACCGGCCUUCGCCUGCAGGAGGUGAGCCAACUGACCGUGCUGACGUGGCUGGCAUUUCAACUGCUUUCACUCGUGCUGCAGUGGCAGUUCUGGCAAGAGGUGAGAACGAACUUGGAUUUGUUUGGUGAGACUUUAACUGUGCACUGCGCGCAAGAUGUCUCCCAGCAUGGUGUUUGUCACGGUCCAAUCUGGAACGUCUCAGCCUGGCAUGAGUUCGUUUUGCACGGCAAGCCUUCAAGGUUAUGGCAUGCGGAAUUGCCCUCAGUCCACCUGCGGACACAUGCUCGAUUGGUUGACUCGAUCCCUGCCAUUGAUGCAGAGAUUGUCCAGCUGGAGCAGGAGACAGCCAACCGCUUGAAGCAGCUGCGUGAGAGGCGUGCUGAGCUGAUGGUUCUGCAGGGCUUGACGCCCACGGGCCUUAACCACUCGGUUACCGGUCGCGCCUUCAACUCGACGUACAUCUUCCAAUUCGAAACACGCUCCUCGCCUCCGGUUUUCCUGCUGUCGCUGAAUCCCGUCGCACGGUCACAUCGUGCAGGGGAGAUGCCGCCAACUAUCGUGCCAUCGGAUGACGUGGAAGGCAGUGAUCUGUGGCCAUGGUCCUUGCAAGUACGACGCUUGGAGCCGACACAAGCGGCGGCCGACUAUCAGCGGUUUGGCUCCGGCGAGAAGGUGAUCACCAUCGAGGACCAGUCUGUGGAAGCCGUCUCCUCGGUGCAUCAGAAGGGCUACGUCCGCUGGGAGGUGAUGGUGCAAAGCUCCGACUUGUCUGGGAAGCAGACUCGCUUCGUGGUUUUUGUCGAAGACUUUCAAGCGCCACAUCUCGAUGCGAUUUACGCCAAUUCCCAAUGCUCGUUGACGAAAGCGUGGAAGGCUUUCAACAAGCAGCAUCAAGGGCAUCAUCACCAUGCCCUCGUUUGGUGCAGGACGCUGCUGGGAUAUCUCCUUCCAUUCGGCAUGUUGACGACGCUGGCUGUCUAUUGGCGAGCACUGAAAGGCGCUCCUCGGCACGAGCCGCCAGCGGAUCCGGAUCUCGACGUUGAACUGAGCAAGGCUCCACCUGGCGACACCUCCGGCUGCUGUAGCUGUGGCUUUCAAGCCAUAAUCCUCGUGAAGCUGGUGGUUAUGGAUGUUCCACAGCAGGCUUGCAUCGUUCUUUAUCUCCUCGGCUGGUAUGAGCAGGAGGGGCUUCGUUGCCAGCUCUGCCUCUUCCAUCCGCAGCACUGCCAGCCAGAGCAUCCCUUCCGUUUGGCCAACUCUGCUGCCUUCUUGUGCACGCUGCUGUCUUCAGUGGCCAAUCAGAUAAUCAUCGGCCCCAGUCAGAAGCACAAGGCAUCCGGCGAACCCGGCGCAGAAUGGGUAGUGAGGAUUGGUCUGCUAUGUGUUUCAAUUCUGCCCUUCACCACCGGGGUGUACUGGUCCACCUCCGCGCUUGUCUGGACACCUGUGCUCGCUCGGAUACUCUUUUUUCUGCCGUGUGUCAUAGGCUGGUUCUGCAUAUUUGCGACCGUACUGUCUUGCCUGGUGGCUUGCUGUGCUGAAGCGUGA